AUGAGCGCACAGGAUCCAGACCCGUACGCGGCGCGCCCGGCGCCCGCGUCAUUCGACGAGUUCAUGGCGCACAUUGACGCCGCGCAAGCCCAGCAAGGCGGCGGCGGCCUGCUCGUCGACGCAGACCUGUACGAAGAGCUCUUUGGCGAGCUUCCAACGGGGCGCGGCGCCCGGCCCGAAUUCAUCGCUGCCCUCGCGCGCCCCAAGACGGCCUCGAAGCACGACGACGCCUGUCCCGUCUGCCUGCAGUCGCUGGGCGCCAUCGAGACCGAGGAAGAGUACGCGCUCGCGUCGGAGAGUUUCUUCGGGGACGAGACCGCGCUGGGCGUGCGCGAGCUGCCCUGUUUUGGUGUUGUAUUGGAGCUGGAGCAGGUCCGAGACUGGAACAGCUCGCGCAGACAUGUGGUCGGUCCCUUUGCUCACACUUCCUCUCAGAACAACUCGUGCCCCCUCUGCCGUGCCGUCGUGGAUGACAAGGCGCCCACGCCGCCGUCGGGCGACGGCGCCGCCAACGUCAUUGAGCAGCAGCGCGAGACGGAACGCAUGCUCGCCCUCUUCCAUGCCGUGUUUGGACAGCGGACUGCGCCGCCCACGGCCGCCCACACACAGUCGGCGAGCCGCGACGACCGCGACUCGUAUGCGGGCAUGUACUCGUAG